UGUCGCGGUGACUCCUGAUUCCGCUCGAAAGGGAGAAAGGAUCGCGUCUCGUUUUGCCGCCAUCCACCCGCGCCCCGCUCGCCGGGAAAAAAAAAAAGCGCGGCGAGGAAUAAGCGGCGGAGCAUCGGCGAGAUGAUCCGGGAGGAGCGGCUGGACCUGGUGCUGGUGCCGCUGGCUCUGGCGGCGCUGGUCGGCUACCACCUGUGGCUCCUCUACGCCAUUCUCCGCCACCCCGCCAAGACCGUCAUCGGCCUCAACGCCAUCGCGCGCAAGCGCUGGGUCGCCGCCAUGAUUGCUAACACCGAGAAGAACGGCGUGCUGGCGGUGCAGACGCUGCGGAACAACAUCAUGGCGUCGACGGUGCUGGCCACCACGGCCAUCACGCUCGUCUCCGUCAUCAGCGUCUUCGUCGGCGUCACGUCCCCGGCCUCCUCCUCCUCCGCCUCGCCGUCCAGGGCGGCGCCGCGGCUGGUGUACGGGAGCAAGGCCGGAGAGGUGUUCGCGGCCAAGUACCUAGCCGUCUCGCUCUGCUUCAUGCUCGCCUUCGUCUGCAACGUGCAGGCCAUCCGCCUGUACGCGCACGCCAGCUUCCUGCUCGGCGGCCUGCCGCCCGGCGACGGAACGCCGGAGGAGUUCGCGGCGUACGUGGCGCGCACGGUGAACCGCGGCAGCUUCGCCUGGUCGCUGGGCCUCCGCGCCUUCUACGUGUCGCUGGCCCUGUUCCUCUGGACGUUCGGGCCCAUCCCCAUGCUGGUCUGCAGCGUGCUCAUGUGCGGGCUGCUCUACUUCCUCGACACCACCAGCGACCAUGGCCACGGCCACCGGGGCAGCGCCGGAAAGGACAGCUCCGCCGUUUGAUCUCUGAUGACUCCUGUUGUUUUCUUGAUGAAAAACUUUUAAACUUGGUAGACAAAAUUGAAUUUCAGUUUGUUGGGGCCUUCCCUUGGUCGGAAAGCACCCUCUAAAAAUUGAAGUACGCUGCUUGAUGUG